AUGUCUUCAAAACAAGACUUUCGAAUCAAGAGGAUGCUACACCAUUUGGAAUUGAGAUUCCUCCAAUCAAUACGACAUCUCUUCAAAAAUGGGCAAACAAUUCCAGCUAGAAUAGCAAUAUCAUUAUCUGGUGGGUUAGAUUCAAUGUGUUUAACUCAUCUGUUGCAUAAAGUAAAUCAACAUGAAAAUUUAGGAAUUCAAAUUCAUACAAUAUCAAUGGAUCAUGGCUUGAGAGAUAAAAGUUCCCAAGAGAUAAACUUCAUUGGUGAAGAAAUCAAGAAACUUGGUCUUUAUGAAACUUUCCAUAAUUCAAAGCUAAAUCUUGCAGAAUUAAAACCUGAAGAUUCAUUUGAAGAGGUUGCCAGAGUACAAAGAUAUAAUACAUUACAUUCGAUAUGUCAAAACUUUGAAAUCCAUCAUUUAAUGACUGGUCAUCACUUUGAUGAUAAUUUAGAAACUUUUGUCUUGAGAUUAUUUGGUAAUAGUGGGAUUAUGGGCCUAAGAGGAAUUCAAAGAAAAUCUAUAGCACCAUCACCUCAAUCACCAAAUGAAUCAAUGCAUAGGUUGAAUUUGAUACGGCCCUUGUUAGAAUUUACCAAAAUGGAAUUAUAUGCAUACGCUAAAGAGAACAAUAUAAAAUGGGUUGAAGAUCAUACAAAUGAAUUGGAAAUUACAAAAAGAAAUACUGUUAGAUCGUACCUACGACAAAAUCCAUCAAAAAAACUUGAAUUGGUUGAAGUUUACAAUCAAGUUCUUAAAUUCACUGAUAUGAUUGAACAUCUUGUGGAUCAAAUUUUUCAGCAAGAGGUUUAA